AUGCCAAGUCAUGGUCCUUCAUCAGUGAACAAUAUAGAAGUUUGUCUCAAUGAACAACGUGUUACGAAGAUAGAGGAGAUUCGGCAGUCUUUGGUUGAAAUUCAUUCUGUUUUAUGUGCUCAUGGUCUAUUCCAACAUGACCACCAGAUAUGUGGUACAUGUUCAGUCAAUUCAAGAGGUUGUAGAAAGAUUCAAGAUGAUUUGCAAGGCGUCCUUGAUCAGGGUUUGAUUCAGAUUUCUAGACAAGUGAGUUCUCCAGAAUCACAAGAACAAGAGGUGAAUGUCAUCAUCCCUUGCUUCAACAUACCAGAGAAAGUAGAGAUAGCUUAUCAUCCGAAGGAGCCAGUAGUGAUUUGCCCUCCAGGCCCAAUGCCUUACACUUCAGAUAAAGCGGUCCCCUACCGCUAUGCAGCAACUAUUAUUGAGAACGGUAAAGAGGUCGAGAUUAAAACCUUAGCCUUAGUUACCAAUAUCGCAGCAAAUAGCCGAAUGACGCGCAGUGGCCGCGUGUUCGCUCCGUCGGUUAUCCCAAGUAGAAAUGUUGAGAAAGAUCCAGUAGUCGUGGUACCAGUGACAAGAGAAGCAGAAAGGCAAACAAGCAAUUCAACCCUUGACAAAGAAAUAGAUGAACUACUCAGAAUUAUCAAGCUCAGUGAGUACAAAGUGGUAGAUCAGUUGCUACAGACACCGUCAAAAAUCUCGAUCCUGUCCUUAUUAUUGAACUCAGCUGUCCACAGAGAAGCACUACUGAAGGUGCUUGAUCAAGCCUUUGUAGAACAGGAUAUAACAGCAGAGCAGUUCAACAAUGUUGUUGGCAGCAUCACUAUGUGCAAUGGCUUAGGCUUUUGUGAUGAAGAACUUCCAGAAGAAGGAAAGAAUCACAACUUCGCUCUCCAUAUCUCAGCCAAAUGUCAAGGGGAUUCUUUGUCUAAUAUCCUGAUUGACACCAGUUCAUCUCUGAAAGUCAUGCCCAAGUCUACCUUGUUGAAGCUAAAGUACAAAGGGGGGCAAAUGCGGCACAGUGGAAUUAUUGUGAAAGCGUUCGAUGGAUCAAGAAAAACAGUCAUUGGAGAAGUUGAUUUGCCUAUUGGUAUUGGACCACACGUAUUCCAGAUCACUUUCCAGGUUAUGGACAUAGUGCCAGCUUAUAGCUGUCUGCUCGGACGCCCAUGGAUUCAUUAG